AUGCCUGCACCGUUAGCCAAAGGUAUUGUGAUCACAAUCUCUGUUCUGGUUGCUGCGGGUAUUGCCGUCUACGAGAGCCCCCAGAUCCAAGAAUGGCUCCAAUCCUCACGCCGAAAAAUAGCACUAACCCUAAACAACUGGGGAGAUGAGCUCAACUCCCGUCGCACCCGCGAGAGGGAAGAUAUUUCUAUGACAGAGGAACUAGGAGAGGAAGCUGAGCUUAGAAGACGGAAAGCUAGAGAAGAAAUACAGCGUCGUCGCGAAGUACUGCAAUCCCACAAACGUCAGAGAGACAACCUCAUCAACAGCAGUUUCGACACGCUUAUCGACAGUGAGGGACGACUAAAGGCACCUACAGAGACAGACGAAACCAAUGAGGUUAAAUCCAAGUCCACCGGGGUUGAGAUAGCGGAAAGUGAAGCUACCAAUCGACUUGUUAAUAGAAAUCCCGAUUUCCCCCCUUCGAUUCCCAAUGUCAACCCACAAAUUAACACUGAACAGCACCGUGAUCUAUUUCAAGACAUAGGCAGAACUAGACUCCUUAUACCAGCUUCAGAGAUAUCUUCCAAUCAUCCAUCAGAGUCUUUGGUUGAUUUGACACCAACGUCGGAAUUUCCCGAAUCGGAAUUAUCUUUUUCCUUGCACAGCCAGCCAGAGGUUUUACAGGACGAGCAGUUGCAACCAGCCUCGAGCCAUGCAGAAGAGGGCUUUUACUUCGCACACCCUGACCAUCUACAUGGGAAUGCAGCCGGCCAAUCCCAUUCCAACUCAGCAGAAAACGUUUGGGCCCAGGAUGUAUCCUCUGCGCCAUCGAUAGCAUCCAGCCUCAGCCAUAUCCAAAACGAGACAUUUGAUUUCACGUCAGAUGGCACGCUAAGCGAUUUAGGCCGAGAUCGGGGAGAUAUGUACACUCCAGUCAGCUGGUCUGAAGUUGGCAGUGUCAUCAGCAGCAAUGACGGAUCGCAACAAUAG